GCGGCGGCGGAGCCGGAGGCGCAGGGGCCAUGCAGGAGCGGCUGACGGCGUGGCAGCGCUCGAUGAAGCGCCAUGACUGGGAGCGGCGCCGGCACCACGAAGUCCAAGCGGCACGCGUCGUCGACGUGGAAGUGCAGCAGCGCUUCCUGAGCUCUGAGUACGUCACGUCGCUGACGGAAUGCCCGCCGGUCGGCGAGUUCCCGCCACUGCCGGCCGAGGCCCGCCGAGCGCGUGACGAUCUCAUGACAGUGCUCAUGGUCCUCUGCGCCGGCCGGCCCAGCCACGUCACUGGAAUCACCGCGUCGGCGGUGCCCAAGGCCAGGAUCGUCUGCACCGAUGGCCAGCUGCGCCGGCUCAUCAAAAAUUUCAAGUUUAAGACAUCGGCCAGCGCUACGCUGGAGGUGGCCGUCAGCCCCCAGCUGUGGCGCCGGCUCCUGCACCACGCGUCUGUCGAGCGACCGGUGCUCCUGACGCCGGACACCGCCAGCAGCGACCGGCUCUUCAUCGGCAUGGGCGGCGGCCCGAUGUCGAGCAGCAGCGCCGCCAAGGCCUUCAAGGCGACAUGGCGGCGGGCCCUGCCGGACGGGGACGUCCCCGAACUGACUGCCAGCGGGGUGCGGUAUGGCGCCGUCGUGGGCACGGCGGCGGCAGAGCCGGAGGCGCAGGGGUAA